AGCUGCUACUGAGGCUAAGAGACGACUUCACCAGCUCAGCAACCAGACAUGGCUCCGAGGGGUGAUGCUAGACUUUUCUUCUGCUUCUGCAUCUUCGUCAUCACCUGCUACUGCACAAUGACAUCAGCACAGGUUCCCAUGGACUGCUGCCUGAGCGUCAAGAACAAGAUGUUAGAGAGACGAAAGAUCGUGGACUACGGUCACCAGACCAGAGGACAGGGCUGCUCUAUCGACGCCACCAUCCUGGUGACCAGACGUGGCUUGAAGCUCUGCGUGCCCGCUGACGAAGCCUGGGUCCAGGCAGUGAUGACCCACGUCGACAGCGUGAAGUGCAGGAAGACCGGGAAGAAGUGCUCGGCCAAGGGAAGUGUUUGACCUCUGACCUCUUCAGCCACAACCACAGCAUCGGGUCAUUGCAAUUCAGGGAGGAGAUGAAGUAUUGAACAAAUUAAAAAAAUGAAUCUUUAUAUUGAAAUUAAUUACUUCUUAUAUUUAACUCCUUUUUCUAAAAGUCUUAUGUUACAAGAUUUUUGUUUGAGUGGCGACAUUUUUCAGAUUUUCGGGGCAUUUUUGUUUUGGAAAACAAGGAACGUGGAAGAAGCGUGAAAGAGUGAGCAUGUAGCUCGUUAAACUGUGAACUACUCAGGCAGCUGCAGUUUGUUUGAAUGGAUUCAAUUGAUUGUUGAACAUUUUCAGAAUAAAAAGAGUUUCCUGCUAAUCCUGA